AUGUCUUCCCCCAACCUCCGUGGCAAGAAGAUCCUCCUAGCAACGGAAUCAUGGGGUCCCGUGAACGGUGUAUCCCGCACAACAAAAAGCCUAGUAGAGUACCUACUAUGCAACGGAGCAGACCUCACCCUCGUGGCACCAGUCUUCCAAGGAAAACAGUCAUCUCCAUCCGAGCUCCGUCUGCCCGGCUGUCCACUCCCCUACAACCCAGAUCUAACAGUCGCCUACCCAUUCCAUCUCAAACAGAUCUUCAACACUUUCACUCCGGACCUGGUUUACCUAGCCAGUCCGGCGUCGCUGGGAUUCCAGAUGUUGUUGCAGAUACGGCAGUUGCGGAAUCCACCGCCUGUUCUGCUGAAUUUUCAGACGGAUCUUUCUGCGUAUGCGGAGAUUAUGCUGCCGGCUCCGUUGGAUGGGUUUGGGGUUUGGUUGCUUGGGACUGUGCAGGGUUUUUUGUUUCGGACGGAGGCUGUGAGGAGGAUUUUUUAUCCUUGUCGGGAUAUUAGGGGGUAUUUGGAGGGUGUUGGUGCGCCGGUUGAUAGGCUGGUGAGACUUAGACGGGGUGUUGAUACGGGGUUAUUUUGUCCGUCACGGAGGGAUGAGGAGUUUCGAAAGAUGAUUGCGCCGAAUGGGGAGAUUGUUUUGAUUACUGUUUGUCGGAUUGCGCCAGAGAAGGGGUUUGAGUUUUUGGCAAGGGUUGCUGAGAGACUUGUUGAUGAGAAGGUGGCGUUCAAGCUGGUGAUUGUUGGUGGGAAUCGGAAUCCGGUGGUUGAGGAGAAAGUGCAGAGGUUGUUUGAUGGUGUUAGGGAUCGUGUUUUCUUUACGGGCUUUUUGACGGGGGAUGCCUUGUCGAGGGUUUAUGCUUCUGCGGAUUUGUUCUUGCAUUGCUCUGUCACUGAGACUUUUGGUCUGGUUGUUCUUGAGGCUAUGGCUAGUGGAGUGCCGGUCAUUGCGCGCGAUCAGGGCGGGCCUUCGGAUGUUAUCCAGCAUGGUCAGACGGGGUAUCUGGUUCCGCCGCGUGAUCUGGAGAGGUUUGUUCGCCUUAUUCAAGAGGUGACGGGGGAUAGAACCUUGCUGGCGGAGCUUGCGGGUGCUUCUCGUCGGUAUGCGGAUGAUACCACAUGGGAGAAGAUCAAUUGCCGGGCUGCCACGCAUAUGGCGGAGGUGUUAUCGCAGACAGACCAGGAGUCGCAGGUGCCCCGGCAGGUUGUGCGGCCUGGAAUGGUUGGGACAUUCUUUGAGCAGCUUCGGUUGAUGCUUGCGGUUGGGUUUGUCUAUUUCAUGUGGUUGAUCUCUGUUGUGCCACUUAUUGUUCAUGGGAAUCGUUUCUUGCCUCGUGCCUGGCAGGCUCUGCAAGGCCAGUUCCAGGGCACGAGGCCGUUGCGCAGUUAA